CGCAAAGUCGGUGCCAGGGCCAAGGCUCCAGGGCUCCAGAGGCUCCAAGGCCGUCGCGCCGGAUCGCGCGUCAACCUCUCGAAUUAAUUCUGAUCUGGCCGCCUUCCCUGCCCGCACUCUGAAUCCCUGACCCGGCCUUGUCCUUGUCCUUGUCCUUGCUUGUCCUUCCUUGUCCUUGUGCUCGCCUCGCCCUUCCGUCCCCAGCCUUGUGCUAUUUUCCAGCUGCUUCUCGCAUCCCGAUCCCAUUGUUAUCUGUAAAGCUGCUGUCCUGUAUCCUGUUCUGCAUUGGCACGCUAUCAAAAGUCGGGCAGCAUGCACGAGACGGGCUCCUCUUGAUCUCUAUUCGCCCGUCCCCCGACUCCUCGCACCGCCUGCGUCCUUGGAACUGCCAUUGGCGCCCAGUCCGGUGUCCCCGUCGCGCCUAGCUGCAGCUAGCUGCUAUCCUAGCUCUGUUGAGCAACCUCGACGUAUUGGGCUUGCGUGCUGCUGCAUCCGCCCCUCCUCGUGUGCUGCUGCUGCUGCUGCUUUUUGCUUCUCAGCCCACCCGCCUCCUAGUUUUUUUUUCUGCCCUACCGACGGCGCCAUCUUUCUUGGUCUUCAUUCUUUCAGCUGCUAGUCUGCCCAUACCGCUAUGAUCGAGAGCCCCAGCCGCAUACGCGUGCUAGACUAGAUAACGCCCGCGUCGUCUCAAGCCCAGACCGCCGCCGCCGCCGAUCAUGUCGUCCCAGUCACAGCCGCGCCCAGCUCCCGCGCCCGCGCCAUACUGGGGCACCUUACCCGGCCCAAAGCUACCAGUCCAGCACACAGCAGACCCGCCGCCGUCGCACAACCGCCGAGUGUCGGUCGACGGCGCCGCCGCCGCCCUUCCUCCUCACAUGGCUGCCGCUGCCAGGCCUGAGCGAAUCUCGGUCCAGACCGCCUCGAGCGCCGACGCCCCGACCGAGUCUACCCAGAGCCCCUACGCUACGCCAACCCGCUCCAGCUUCCUACCCGGCGGCCUGGCCCCGCGACCGCCCUCGUCCCCCUACGCUCCCACGGCUCCCUACGCCCCCGAAACAUAUCAGGCCCCAGACGUGGCCGAGAGACAGCAGAGGCGUCGCAGCAACCACCCGCAAGAAGAGCUCGACGCCGAAGCUGCGCCCGAGCUAUUCAUGCCCGCAGCCCCAGAAGUGCCCAAGGGGCCGCCGUCGAGCUACCGCGAUCCACUCUCGCCAGUCCCGGGCGCGUCGCCACAGCGCUCAGGCAGCGUCAACUCCAGGAUGGAUCCCGAGGAGUUCUUCAGGCAGCAUACUGGUCGCACCCCAGAGCCAGGGCGGCAGGUCACCCCGCGUGGCCUGGACCCCAAUGCUGCGUACCAACGACCCAUCGUCAAGGUUGACACCAACGGCACGGCUCCGCCAGACGCUGCCGCGCGCAAAAAGUUUGCAAAUGACCGCUCUCCGCUUCAGAGGCUUGAGCUGACGCUCGAUAGCAUCACCAAGGAGGAGAAGCGCGCCCGCGUCGCCGCCGCCGAGGAGCGCGCCCGCAGGAGAGCUCUCGGGGCUGCCGCCGAGGUGAGCCGCGACACGGAACUACCGGCACCCAUCAGCCCAGGACGCCGGCGAAGCGUCCCUGACCCCGUCGUAGCCAACCAGAGGCCGCAGCGGCAGCCACCGUUGCCGCCGCCGCCGCUUCAGCAGCAGGAAGCUCUGCCCUCUCACCCAGGCCCAUUAACACAGAACCCGCCCGAUGAUGGCAAACGGUACAGCGGGGCACUGCCCCAGAAGCCCGUCGUGACGGAUCCAACACCUGACGCGAGGAUGGCCGGGCCCGCGAGCGCAAACUCGUCGGGAAUCCCACAGCGGAACUUGAGCUUCCGUGAGCGAACUGCGAAGAGGGCCGACCUGGGCCUGCCAGAGCCCGACGCGCGGUCACCCGUGGCCGGAUCUCAGAAGCCACCAGGAGCACCUUUGGUCAGGAGUGUCAGUAACAAGCUGCGUAAACCACCACCGCCGGACUGGCGGCCGCCUCGAAACGAUGCACCGGCGCCGGCACCGGCACCAGCACCAGCACCAGCACCCGUAGCGCCAUCAAUACCCCCCGAGCCGACAUAUGCUCCUCCAAGGCCUCAUGUGCGGGACGGGCCGCCGCCAAGGUUUGAGCAAGACCCCGCACUGGCUGGCCCGUCGGUGCGCAUCAACGCGCCUCCCACACCUCCGGACAACCUCCCCGUGGCCCCUGGACCUCCCACAGAUCAGAGGAGCCCAUCGUUCCCACCUGGUAGCAGGGUGCCGGCGGCUGGGCCCAGGGGAGCACCUCCGGUUGGGCUCGCCCCGGCGGCUGAGGUGACGCGGGCCCCUGUCCAGCGGAGGAGGAACCCUGAGGACAUGGAUUCGCCGUCAUAUCCGCCGCAGGGACAGUACAUGUCUCCAGCAUCUUCUGGGAGGAGCAAUACCGGCUCACGGGGCUUCGGCGCCGGUGCUGCGGCCGGCGCUGGCGCAUUGGCCGGCGCCGGCGCCGGAACCAUGUAUGCAGCGGGCGCCGCGAGGGCCAGCUCUGGUCCCGUCGGAAAGCGAGACCAAUACCCCGAUGACGACCGCGACGACUACGACGACCACGACGAUGAUGUCGAAUCCGAGUCUAGUGGUGAUGGCCACCACUUCUCCAACCUUAUAUUCAGCACGCGUCAAAGGUUUGCUCCCGGCCAGGGCUGGUUCAAGCCGACCGAAUACCUGGAUGAGUGGGCCAAGGCGACCAUCGGCACGCUGUCCGGAUCGCUACUGGAUCUGACCGAGACGCCACAAGAGCCUGUCUCGGAUAAGGCUCAGGCCUGGUGGGAGACGCCGCCAUCAAGACGUCGCGCGUCGAGCACCGCGUCGCGGGCGCCCAAGGCCGAGGCGUUUGACGGCGAGUACGACCAGACGGGCGCGCCAACACGCUUCAAGCCUCCUUUGUACCUGGAGUGUGGCCCCCUGCUCCGAUACUGCGGCAUGCGAACGGAGCGCGUGCCCGCUCGGUCAGCAAAGGGCGGCGCCGCCAUGCCCGACAGGGAGACCUGGCGCGGCAGCGUCAUGAUCGUUACGCGUGAUGACGACUCGUCGUACGAGAUCGCUCCGACGCUGCGCUUGUUCGCGCAACCGAUCGAGUUGCUGCCGCCGCCGCCAGCGGAGCUUCCGGGCGGUCAGGUUUUGGCGCCCGAGUAUGUUGACCCCAUCGCGGGCCACCCCGUGUUGGGCCGCAAGGGCGAGACUCUCUACGUGCGUCCGAUCGAUCACCUCGAGGAGGCUAAGGAUCUCUCGCGGAUCGAAACGGACGACGGCCUGUUCGAGAAGGUGCGCAGCCCGCCUGACGUCCCGCUCGAGCCGGGCGUGACGGAGCUGCCGGGCUCGUUCGCCAGCAGGUUGCAGCGGACGCAGAAGGACGGCGAGAAGCUGGACAAGCACAAGGAUGUGCGGGGCUUCCGGCUGCACGCGGAGCGCGGGCUCACGUUCUGGCGCUUCAACAUCGAGGUACAGCUCCUCGACACGCAGCAGCGCAUCGCGUACCGCAUCAACCGCGGGCCGUCGACGGGCUUCUGGGUCCCGGCGCGCGGCGAGUCCAUGAACGUCAUGUUCCACAGCUGCAACGGCUUCAGCCUGAGCGUGACGCCCGACAAUCUCAGCGGCCCCGACCCCAUGUGGCGCGACGUGCUCAACACGCACCAGACGCGGCCCUUCCACGUCAUGGUCGGGGGCGGCGACCAGAUCUACAACGACGCCGUCAUGCACCAGACCACCAUAUUCAAGGAGUGGCUGGCCAUCCGUAACCCGGUGCAUAAGCACAACGCGCCCUUCACGCCCGAGCUGCAGGAAGAGCUCGAGAGCUACUACCUGGAGCGCUACUGCAUGUGGUUCUCCCAGGGCCUCUUCGGCAUGGCCAACUCGCAGAUCCCCAUGGUCAACAUGUACGAUGACCACGACAUCAUCGACGGCUUUGGCUCGUACCCGCACCACUUCAUGAGCUCCCCCGUUUUCUCGGGCCUGGGCAACGUCGCCUUCAAGUACUACAUGUUGUUCCAGCAUCAGAGUGUGCCGGCCGAGACCGAGGCCUCGGAGCCCAGCUGGGCCCUGGGCCUACACCCGGGCCCCUACAUCGCCGAGCUCAGCCGCAGCCUUUUCAUGUCGCUUGGAGGUGGCCUCGCCUUGCUGGCCGUCGACUGCCGCACCGAGCGCACGCGAGACGAAGUCCUGACCGAAGAUUCGUGGCAGAAGCUCAUGGACCGCUGCUACGACGAGGUCGUCAAGGGCAAGACCAAGCACCUGCUGGUGCUGCUGGGCGUGCCCAUUGCGUACCCGCGCCUCGUGUGGCUGGAGAACAUACUCACCUCGCGACUCUUCGAACCCGUCAAGGCUCUCGCCAAGAUGGGCAUGAUGGGCGGUCUGAUCAACAAGUUUGACGGCGGCGUCGAGGUGCUCGACGACCUCGACGACCACUGGACGGCCAAGCACCACAAGAAGGAGCGCAAGCUCGUCAUCGAGGACCUGCAGGACCUGGCGGCCGACCGGUCCGUCCGCGUCACACUGCUGAGCGGCGAUGUACACCUUGCCGCCGUGGGCCAGUUCUACUCCAACCCCAAGCUCAACAUGCCCAAGCACAAGGACUUCCGCUACAUGCCCAACGUCAUCUCGUCCGCCAUCGUGAACACGCCGCCGCCAGACAUGCUGGCCGACGUGCUCAACAAGCGCAACAAGGUGCACGUCUUCGACAACGGCGCCGGCGAGAAGAAGGAGACGUACGAGGACAUGAUCCCGCUGUUCGGCCACGGCGUCGAUGGCAAGCCGCGCAACAACAAGAGGCUGCUCCCCCACCGCAACUGGUGCUCCAUCCGCCUGUACGUGCCCGGCAGCACCCCGCCAUCCUCCCCGGGCGGCACGUCUGCCUUUGACCAGGGCUCUGUCAACACGUUCGCGUCAGGGAAGCCAAAGGGCGGCAUCAUGCGCCGCUUGUCCAAGAAGCGCGGGCCGUCGUACCAGCCCGACGUGUCGCGGCCACCUGUGGCUGGAGGAGGCGGUCUCUUCCGCACCUUCUCUCGCAAGGGACGCGCUUCCGCCGACGAUGUAGGCUCUGCGCCUCAGCGUCCCGGCGUUGGCCGCACCAUGUCCCUGAACCGAGCAGACUUUCCGGAUAAUCGCCCUGCCACUGCUACCGGCGGUGGCGGACUCGGGGGCCUCUUUCGGCGGCUUAGUGGGCGUGGCAGGAAGCAGGAGCCGCUCCAUUCCCCAGACGUUAAGGGGAAGGGGCCCGACGACGGUGGCAUCAAUGGCAGCUGGGGCUACGAGAGCGAGGGCGAGUACUACCAGGAUGAGAUGCCGCCAGCCGCCGCGCGCAAGCUUGGGCUUCGUGGCGGCAGCGGCGGCCGGGCCAUGGGCAACAGCCAGUUCAACCACAGCUACGACGAGUUUGCCGAGGGCGACGAGUCCUACUUUACCACGCUACCGCCGCAGCGGCCCCCACCGCAGCAGCAGGGUAUGGGUGGUGGCCGGGCUGACCAAGGCUAUGGCGGCUACAGCUAUGGCGCCAAUGACUCCGAGUCGGAGGAGGGCGACCGCCGCUAUCCGCCGCCUGUGCGCGCCCCUGCUGGCUUUGGGAGACCCGCGACUAGCCGUGGACCAGCCCCCGGCGCACAGGUGCCUUGGCCAGGCCCAGCCCCGUCUGCUCCCCAUUACAACCAGACCCCCGCCGCCGCUCCACACCCUCCCCCUUUCCCUCCGCCGCCCAUUGGCCAGCCGCUCGUCCCCGGCCGUGCAUCCUCGGUCACGUCGCCGCCCGGCACGUCUGCGGGCCCCGCCAGCAUCCACAGCCCGACGGGCCGCGAGUCGCUCGACUACUUCCGCCCCAAGCCGCUGCACCGGGCGCCGACAAACAUGACGGCCAAGCAGGCGCGGCGCGGUGCCUACCUCGACGUCAACCUCGAGGACGCGCUCGAGGUGACGCUCAACGUCGAGGUCAACGCAAAGGACCCUGCCGGCAUCACGGUCCCGUACAGGCUCGUCGUGCCCCGCCUGUGGUACGACUACGCCGACGGCUCGUCGGUCCAGGGCAGCGAGCAGCAGGGCCAGCCGCAGCAUAAGCAGCAGGCUCAGCAGCAGGCUCAACCGCAGCAGCGGCAGCACUACCAGCAGCAGCAGCAGCAGCAGCAUUACCAGAACCAGCAACAUUACGAUUCAGAGCAGGAGCAGGAGCCGGAGCAGGAGCCGACGGGCAUAAAGCGCAUGUUUAGCCUGCGGCGUAACAAGUCGGACGCCGGACCUCCUCCCAGCCGAUACUCGCACCACCACCAGCCGCCCGCGGUUUAAUGGUGUCUCAUUUAUGCAUAUUUCUAUCUGCUUUAUUUUUCCCCCUCGGCGAUCGAAGACGCAGCGUCGCGUACAUAUUUUUUCCUCUCUUAUCUUUUCCACGUAUCCAUCCACCUACGCAUGGCACAUAUCCUAAAUCCGCAUUAUCAUAGAUCUUAUUGUUACUAACUGUGUAUUGUUUUCGCGUCAUUUCUUCUUUUCUCUCUCCAUGCCACCUCCAAUCCUUGCAUCAGGAUAAUCACGAUUUCCUUGGGCUCGAGGGUUGGAAGUGGGAGGGCCACGCACGGGGCUGUAGGGGUCAUACAGAAAAUGUUUCUAGGGUAUAAUAGGAUAGGUCUGGUGCUUUUGCGUUGGUUUUUUUCUUUUCCGCCUGGAAAAAUGGCGACUCGGUUCGACGGCAACACAGGACCAGGGAAUUCGAGGCUUUCAAACCGGA